GGAAAAUGACAUCAACAAACCCAACAGCGUUUAAUACAAAGCUCACAGACAACAUAUAGACUAAUGCAUUUUCAUCGUAUUAUAUUCAUGUAUUAAGGUAUUGGGGGUUUUGUUUCGAAAAGCUCAUAAGGGUGGAUAUACGACGUUUUGCUAAAAGCAAAUAUACAGCCCAAUGUUUUGAAGGCUGGAAUGUCUUAGCUAGCUGCUAACGUUGACCAGUUAACGCGAACAACAUCGAUGGUUAUAAAUUACAUCGUUUCAUAGUUAGUUGUACUACACGUACGGCCUCUAGUCGGUGAUAUGUAUUUUCCCGGUUACCAUGCAGGUUAGUCGCAUAAGUUACGAAAUAAAUUACAUUAGGUGUGUGAACCCGUAUCCUUAGCUAAGUAUGCUAGGAUGUUCAAAAAUGUGUUCGGUUCAGGAUUCCUCGUAAGAACCGCUCAUGUUAUCCUGACAUGGGUUAUAACGUUGAUUCUGUUCCUGCACGACACCGUCUUUUCAACGCAGAUCUCCGAAAGCAGGAGGAAACGGGAGAGCUAUUAGUUCCCGUCGUGUUCGUUCUGUUGGUGCUGGUGUCCGUGCUGCUGUACUUCGCAGUCUCGCUUAUGGACCCGGGGUUUGUCCUGUCCGACGACUGUGACCUCCAGCUGAUUCUUGGCAUCAGUGAGGAGCAGCAGGACAUGAUUCCUCAGACCAAGUCGCUACGACAGCGUCGCUGCGGACACUGCUUGUUGCAGCAACCUAUGAGAUCCAAACACUGCCAGACCUGUCAGCAUUGUGUGCGUCGCUACGACCACCACUGCCCCUGGAUCGAGAACUGUGUUGGGGAGAGGAACCACCGCUGGUUUGUGCUGUACUUGGCUGUUCAGCUCAUAGUCUUGCUGUGGGGACUACACAUGGCCUGGUCGGGCUUCAGUCACGCGGCUACGUGGCAGCUGUGGCUGAAAGCCAACGGCGUGCUGCUGGCAACUGCAGUGGUGGCAGCGGUCCUCUCCCUGACGGUGCUGCUUCUCCUGGGCUCACACCUGUACCUGGUGUCCCUGAACACCACCACCUGGGAGUUCAUGUCCCGACACCGCAUCUCCUACCUCAAGCACUGCGGCGCGGACGAGAACCCCUUCGACCGCGGGACCUUACGCAACCUCUGGGGCUUUUUCUGCAUGUGGGAAACAGUGGUGUGGGAGCAUGUCUACUUCAGACAAGGCAGCGAGCCCACUUAAAGGAGAAACCCUCAUCCAAUAUUACACAUUUAAUGGUAAGACAUCAACGUAAAUGAAAAUGCUACAUUUCAGGUGGAAUUGCAUCUUAAAUACAACUACAUUCCUUUUAUUAUUCAGUUCUUAAAUGCAUGGACAGUGUUGUUUAAUUAUGUAUGAUCAACUUUAGCCAGUGUGGCUGACCAAGAGGUUUGAAGUUUUUUGUUUUUUUGUAUUGUGUUCUGUGAAUAGAUGUGUGAAAUACUUUCAUAUCAUAUUGCAGUGCUUAUUUUGCACACUUUACAAUAUACUAUUUUAAAGAAAAAGUUUUAAAUUAUUAAUGUUUAUGAACAACAAUUCAGGAUCAUUACUGAGAAUACCAGUUGAACAAUUUGUCAUUAAUCUGACACAAAUAUUUUUCAUCACCAAAGUCUAGACAUGGACAAAGUUUUUAUAGGGUGAUUAAACACUUGUCCAUUUUUAUAGAUAACAUUGUAUCAAGGUGUCAGAAACUACAUAAACAAGUCCAUCUAUGAUUACUAUUAUUAUGAUGUAGUUUGAGGCAAGUGUCAUGAUUUUGGCAUGUAGUUUGCACAAUACUCAUAAGCUACCCUCAUCUACUUUAGCCUUCUGGCUCCUGUGUAGAAUCGUAGCCAAAUUUGGACACAGAACAUUUCUUGACUGAUUGCUUACAAGGGCAAAACUGUAAAUUGCAUUUUUGUUGCUAAACUAUUUCAUAAAUACGUCUCAAAAGGUACUUGUUUGAAAUAGAAGGCAGACAUGAAGAAGCACCAAUCACUUUAAAAUUGGAGAAAAAUGACAGGGUUCACAGAAACUAGUAAAUUAUUGACAUAUAAAAUAAUGUCUUUUUACAGCAUUAGAAUACCUCUCAACCUUUUGGACUCAAUUUCUCUAAUUUAGGCAGGAAAAUAGAAUGUAUUUUAAUUGUUUUUUAGAGUACUUUUUAUCUGCGGUUGACUUCCAUUUAUUAAGUAAUUUUACAAUAUAAAAGGUCAUUUUUAAUUAGAGUAUUUAAUGAUGCCAUAUACUGCAGGUAGUCACAUGGUUCAAGCAUUAAUGAGCAUUAGGGAAAAUUUUAAACCUGAACCCAAGCAUCUAUUAUUUUUGUAGAAACUUGACCAGCCUUUUUCAUACUACAUACCAGUAAGCAAUUUGAAAGAAAUAAUUCUGUGUGCGCGCAUGUAUGAUUGACUGUUUUCUCAUUCGUACAGUAAGAAACUUGAAUAUUUAUUUGUUAAAUGAGUGCAAUGCAGUCUGUACUGUGUGAUACCUUCUAGUUAAAAUUAUUCUGACGUCUUCUGUGCAACAUUAAUAAAUUUAAAAAUCUCAGAGCGUAAGCAAUAAUUGUUUAAUUCUACUUUUCAGAAUCACUUCCACUGAAUUUGCACUUCAGCUUUUUUUUUUAAUUUUAUUGUGUCAGUAUUGUGCUGAAUUCCAAUAGACUUAUGCCGCUUGGAUCAAAGUUGUUUAUGCAAUGUUUUUGUGAUAAGCAAUGAUGUACUGAUUUUCUGAAAGAAUUGCAAUGUCAGUAUUCAAUAAA